AUGCUUGAUCGAAGAGACAACAUCGAGCGACAUCACACCAAUACCUGCCAAUGGAUUUUGGAGCUCGACGAAUACCAAUCAUGGAGGAACCAGCCUUGCGGUCUACUAUGGAUUAAAGGCAAGCCUGGUGCUGGCAAAUCCACCUUGAUGCGUUUCUUACACGACGUUCUUGAAGAAAUACAGGACGGCAGUCAAGGCAGUAUUCGACUUGACUUUUUCUUUUCCGCCCGAGGCACAGACUUACAACGUACACCCUUGGGGAUGUUUAGAGCAUUGCUGAACCAGAUUUUCGACCGCGAUGCCACUAUACGCCCUCAGGUCCGCGAGAUAUAUGAGCAGCGGUGUAGGCAAUUUGGGUUUGCCAGUGGUGAACACAAGCUGGAAUGGCCACAACCAGUGCUAGAGGAGAUACUAGCAAGUGCCAUCCUGGCAUCGGCAAGCAACCAACAUAUAACUGUUUUUGUGGAUGCUCUAGAUGAAGCUGGGGCUCAGUCUGCUCAGCAAAUAGCAGUAUAUUUCCAUCGACUUGUUGAUCGUGCUGCAGGAAAAAUGCUACCACUCCAAGUCUGUAUCUCAUGUCGACACUACCCUAUCACAGAAAUUGCCCAGGCUAUCGAGAUAAUUGUCGAAGAUCACAAUGAAGAAGACAUCGCUACAUAUAUUAAGGACACACUUCUUCACACUGAUGUUGGAGGCUAUGAUCCUAGUCGAAAGAUGAAAAAUCUGCUGGCAGAGGAAUUAACUCAACAUUCCAACAGGGUGUUUCAAUGGGCCCACCUCAUGAUACCCCUUAUCAAACAGAAAAUGCUUGAAGGGGAAUCAUUCAAGGAUAUCCAUCACUGGAUACAAGAGGUUCCAGUUGGACUAGAAGAUGUCUACAUGUAUAUUCUGAGUAACGUGAUCACAGCUUCGAAUCGGCAUCAGUCCUUCCUCAUCUUUCAGUGGUUGUGCCUAGCCCAGCGGCCCCUGAGCACAACAGAGAUGCGAUACGCGUUAGCGACCAAGAAUGUGCAAUUUGAAUCUUCAAGAAGUGAAUAUGAGAGGAUACAUAGCUUUGUCGAAAGCGAUGAGCGCAUGGAGCGAAGAAUUAAGGCUCUUACUGGGGGAUUGGCUGAAAUCGUCUCGGACGGGGAUUGGAGUGGGACUAUACAGGUAGUGCACCAGUCAGUCAAUGAUUUCUUACGCGUGAAAGGACUGGCCUUUUUAUACCAUCGCUUCAACGCUAGCACAGCGUCCACUGGCAUGAGUGGGGAUAUUGUCCUUUUAAAGUGCCAGGCAACUCUCUAUCGAUCAUGCCUAUUACAUUUUGCUACCAUAUGUUCAAAUGGAGCGAUGGUUGGUUUUGACUCGGACUCGGAGGAAUCAUGGGAUAAACUUGGCGAGGAUUACCCAUUUCUCGGAUACGCGACUAUCAACCUGUUUAAUCAUGCAGAAAAGGCCGCCCACUCUCGAGGUGAUUUAUUGCAGAAUGAAAUAUACAUUCUACAAGAAAUAAUGGCUGUCUGGGUUCAAAUCUACAGAUAUAUUUGUGGCAGCCGGGGCCUAGCCAUUGGCACAACGGUUUUACAUAUGGCUGCCGCUGCUAAUCUGGUUGAUGUCAUGAAAUCUGUCCUACUAUUAGAUGUCGAGAUACAAGACAAAGAGGGAAACACACCGUUACAUUUCGCAGCGCGAGUGGGGAACAUAACGGCCGGCAAAAUACUUCACGAGAGAGGAGCAGACCGAGAAACCAAAAAUCACCAAGGAACAACACCUUUAAUUGAGGCGGCAAGUUGUGGAAAAUUGGAGUUUGUCAAGUGGCUUCUAGAUGAGGGCGUGGAGGCUGAGACAGCAGGCGCCCGUGGAGGUGCGCUACAUGCAGCUGCCAAGGAAGGCCAUAAUUUGAUUGUGGAAAUAUUGCUGGGUGCUGGGGCCGAUCCCAAUGCCCAGGCCGAUAUACAGGGCAAUGCCCUACAGGCUGCUGCAUAUAAUGGACAUUCCAAGACAAUAAAGAUCCUGCUUGACGCUGGGGCCGAUCCUAACGCCCAAGGUGAAUACGGGGAUGCCCUACAGAGCGCUGUACUUGGAGCAGAAAAUAUUGAGAUAAUCAAGCUCCUGCUUAACUUUGGGGUUGACCCUAAUGCUCAGGCAGGGCCACUCGGCAAUGCCUUACAGAAUGCUGCAUACAUGGGAAAUACUGAGGCAGUUAAGGUCUUGCUUAACGCCGGGGCUGAUCCUAAUACUCAGGAGAAUUCACUCGGUAAUGCCUUGCAGAAUGCUGCAUUUAAUGGACAUGACGAGAUAAUCAAGAUCCUGCUCAAGGCUGGGGCUAAUCACAAUGCCCAAGGUGGUAAAUAUGGCACUGCCUUACAAGUUGCUGCAUACAUGGGAAAUACUGAGGCAGUUCAGAUCCUACUUCACGCUGGUGCUGAUCCCAAUGCCCAAGGUGGUGAAUAUGACACUGCCUUACAAAAUGCUGCCUACAUGGGACAUUCUAAGACAAUAAAGAUUCUGCUCAAUACUGGGACCGAUAUCAAUGUUGAGGGUAAAUACGGCACUGCCCUACAGGCUGCUGUAACACAAAAACAUGUGAAGGCAGUUAAGCUCCUGCUGGAAGCUGGGGCCAAACCCACUUCUCAUGCCCUAUGGGCCGCUAGACAAGGAGGAGAAUCCGAGAUAAUAAAGAUGCUGUUCGACGAUGAGUGGUUCAAAAGCCGCUGCAUCGCCAGGAAGUGCUGA